GAUGCCGCUGCCCGGCCCGCUAACUCGCUCACUUCACUAAACGAUGGGCUAGAGCCCAGAGCUGCGCCACCAUGGAUCCUCGAUCGACCGGCAACAUAAUGAACGAGAACCGCGAGCGAAUCCGCCGCGAGCGAGACAGGGAGAAGAACACCUACACCUCUCCCCGUCUCGCGCUGCGUCGCGUGCUGCUAUUGGCUGAAGGACGACAGUUCAGAGAAGCGGCGGCCAUCUUGGGACGCCUGGGGCCCGGGGUCCUGCAGAGUGUGGCGACGGAACUGCCUAUGGACUUGCUGGUGGAAGCGUUGCCACAUUCCUCGCAUUUGAUUGAGACGCUGUUGAAUCGCCUGAUCUCGCUCGAGAUCACCCCGCGCCCCGAGAUCUCCGUGGAAGCGGUGGCGUGGCGCCUCGUGGGGCUGCUGGGGGCGGCGGCGGCGGGGGGCGGUGACCUGCGCGCGCGCACGGGGCGGCUGGCGGGGGCGCUGGCGCAGUACCGCCCCCACGCCCGGGAGUUGUUGGACCAGCAGCGGCGGCAGCUCGACCUGGCUGUGCAAGGUCUGGGCACGCACGGGCUCACGGCGGACACGACGGGAGCGCUGAUCUCCCUCCACGUGGCCCUGAAGAACGAGCUGCAGCGGCACGUGGAGGUCUACAAGCAGGCGCUGCACAAGCUGGAGGAAUUGUCACCGGUGACAAUCACCCAAGACCCAGCCUCCUCCUCACACCAGCGUCUCCUGUCCCUCUCUCUGAGCGACGUGGAGCGCCGCCUCAUCGACAACAAGAGCCUGCUCACCAUCGUGGACAAGCCAGCCUUGAGACAGCUACCGACACUCAUAUCCUCAUUGGCUGCGAGAGUCGAGAGCGACAAGGCUGUCUUGGCUUGUGUGGGACAGAUUAAGCGGACCGAUGCGAAUAUGGAUCUGAGCGAUACGAGGCCAGUAGCCGGCGUCCUCAUGUCGUUCUCGCGGGGCUGCGACGCGGUGCUCGGCCUGAUGACUGCGGAGCCCCCGAGCACGCCGGCGCCACGCUCCACUGCAGACUCCGCCAGUGACGGCUAUCAUAGUGAUAGUGACGAACAUGCGGCUAGCGAGACUGGACCAGACAGAAGCAAGCUAGUCUCGUUCUACGCUGGCGUGUGGGCGCGCGCGGCGGACGAAGCUCUGCCGGCGCUGGGCGCACUGGAGCCGCUGAGGCAGACCCCGCAUCUCAAGUACAAGAUCGUGUUCUCUGUUGUUGUGCUAUCAUUCCGCGCAGCCAUCAGCCUGCGCGACCGGCGCCUCUCCGAAGUGAAGUCUCUGCUCGGGGCCGCCGACAGCUCCGACGUCAGACCCGCAGCCGUCACCCGGCUGGUCUCCGCGGCCACCAAGAUGAUGCAAGAGACCGCACAGACCUUCCCGCUGGGGGACGCGGAGAGGACUGUGGUUAAUCAGGUCCUCAACACGCUCCGCGAGUACCCGUGCCUGGGCGCCUGCGCGCCGCUCCACGCUCUGGUGGCCGCCUCGUGCCGCGCCGCCUGGAUGGUGAGCCUGCACUCGCCGCCGCUGCGGAUUGACACUGACUUCACUCCUGUGGUGAUGAACCCCGAGAAGCACGUCCGUUUCUCCGCCGGCUCCGACGCACGGGACCGCCGCAGCGACCUCAUCAAGUCCUUCGUGUGGCCCGCGCUAAUGGACGGCCCUCGAUGCGUGUUCCGCGCCGUCGUACUCACUUAGUGUAGGGCUGAUGUACUCAGGCGGACGGCUGUUGUACUCAGAUGGACGGCUGUUGGACUCAGGUGGAAGGCGGUUGUACUCUCUUAGAUGGAUAGCUGUUGCCGCUACACGGGUUCGUUAUUUUCGUAGAUAAAUGGCACUAUAUCGCGAUUUGCCAUAAAUACGACGUUGUGAUUGGAGGAACGCGCAUUCAACGAGUUUAUCGACGUCGAUAACGAAUCCGUGUAGCGACCGCUGUUGCUGUAGUACG